UAUCAGCUGCUCGCUCACUCAAUGUUCCAAUUAGUUCCAAAAAAUUGCAAAAAUACAUACCUACAAAACACAAACAUAGUUUGAAAUAAUUCUAAAUAACAGCCGCUAAUUUCUACACAUAGUUACAAUGAAAAUCCAAAGAAAUCUCUUUCUAAUCAGGAGUAUCCUCCAAAGAGGCACAAGGAAUUUCAGCAGUAGAACUGUACAAGAGCCCAACGAGAAUCAGCCAAUCAAGUUCUCUUCCAGCCCAGCGGCCAGGAAGCUCAUCAAACCCAUCAUGAAGGAAACCAAACUGGACAUGCCGUGGUACCAACCCUACUCCGUGCUGGCCAGUGUCACCGUCUUCAUGAUAUAUUUCUUCAUACUCAGAGAAGAAAAUGAUGUGGACAUGGAAUUCUCAAAAACACUGUACUCUAGAAUAAAGGGUCUUGAAAAGGAGCAACUGCUGCAGUCAUACAGAUAUAACAAAGAAAAUAAUUUGAGCGUAGUCGAGAUUGAAAAGAGGUUACAAGAGAUUGAAAUGGAAGAAGCUAAGGCUGCUUUGGCGUAGAUUUUAAGCACUAAUUUAUGUUUUGUUAAAUAGUUGUAUAGGUAAAUAAAGUUCUUGUCACAUAA